GAUUUAUGAUGGAAAACAUUUUGAAUAUUGUGAAAAAGUAAAGUACGAACACUUCUGUGAGUGACUGUAUGUAUUAUAUCAACCAAUUGCAGUCGCCCAGUCGAUCCCGUUGUGCAUAUUUGCAAGUGAAAAUUUUUCUUCUGCCUAGUUUUAGUCAAUAACUCAUACAUUUAAUAUACCUUUUGGUUUUUUUCAGAGUACGUUUAAAGUUUUUUGUAGAUAUUGAGUGUAAUCGUGUAGAAAUUGAAAUCAGGUGCCGUGUUUUUGGAUCUGAUUAUCUGAUAAAUUUUUCGCUGGAAGUAGAAAAUGGGCAACAAUCAAACGACCGGGCAGAGGCUGCCGGAUCCGCCACCGAAUCGGCAGAACAAUGGCAACAAUCGCAAUGAGAACCGAGAUCAAGUGAGGGAUCCCCGACUAAACAUUAACCCGGCUUAUGGACAGUUAAAUAAUAAUGCAGGUCAUGAACUAAUGCCACCUUUACGUAAUCUAAAUCUCAACCAACACAACUUGGGACAACUAGAACAGCCAGUUAGGCAAGGUAAUAUCCAUCAAGAUAAUCAAAGGCUGCCAAUAAGGCCAGUAAACAUUCAAGAUAACCAAAUGUUGCCAAUAAGGCAAGGAAACAAUCAAGAUAAUCGAAGGCCAGGUAACAUUCCAGAUAUUCAAAUACCGCCAAUAAGGCCAGGUAACCAUCAGGACAAUCAAAGACCGCCAAUUAGGCCAGGUAACAAUCAGGAUAUUCAAAUACCGCCAAUAAGGCCAGGUAACCAUCAAGAUAAUCAAAGGCUGCCAAUAAGGCCAGGUAACCAUCAAGAUAAUCAAAGGCUGCCAAUAAGGCCAGGUAACAAUCCGGCUAUUCAAAGACCGCCAAUUAGGCAUGGUAACCAUCGUAAAAUAAGGCAAAGUAGAAAUAACCCACAGAAUGAACACCAGCCUAGAAGGAGAGAUGGCAACUACCAACAUUAUCAAGAACAGCAAAGAAGGGAAAGUGAUAAUCAAGGAAAACGAGAACAUCGGUCUGGUGGAAAGUAUUUUGGUUUUAAUUACUUAACUGAAUUAGGCACAAAGGAUAGCGAUGAAGUAAUAACUGCAUUAGCAAAAAGGAAGGAUGAUUUUGAAAAAUUCUUGAAUGACGAUAUUCGCCCAGAUAUGUUUGUACUAACAAUACAAGUUUUAACCAACCUUUGUCAAGCGAAUUUCGCUGAAAUGGUUACAAGUGUUCUAAGCAAUGCUUGUUCUGCAAAAUUCUUAAAAACUUUGCACGAUUUUUUGGUUAAAUUGCCUUUUGAGACAGAUCUGGAGAAACAUCGAAACAAACUGUAUCAUGAAGAUAAAAACAAGUUUUGGUGUAAUUUAAGUAAAUUUUUCAAAAAAGUUAUUGAACUUCUUCCUAAUAAAGCUCGUGAUGAACUGGCACCUAUCUUAGAACGAAUAACUAAAAUGUUACCAAUCAUUGAAGAGAACCAAAAUUUUCGAAUUGACGAAAAUGUCAAGAAUGAUCUCCUAAAUAUGGCCAAAGACUUACAAGAAGAAAUUCAAAGAAUUGAAAAAAAGAAUAAAGAUCGUGAAACACGUCCAGGUAUAGCUGAACCUGAAAUAGAACAAGAACCACCUGAAAACUUUAAAUUAUUGAGUGUCAUACCAACAAUGCAAGAUUUGCUCGACCAAAGACCUUACAUUAGGAAGUGCAAAGUCAAAGAUGCGUACACAUCAGUUGAACAUUACUUGGACGUGCAGUUCCGUUUGUUGAGGGAGGACUUUAUAUCACCAUUGCGAAAUGGAAUAAAUGAAUAUUUGUAUUCAGAUAAGAAGCAUAGAAAUCAAGAAGUUCGAGUUUAUCUAAAAGUCACUUUAGAACGUCCCGAUAUUUCCGAAAAGAUUGUCGGUUUUAUAUUAAAAUUUGGAGUGAUAAAAAGUAUAAAUUGGCGGCGUUCCAAGCGUUUUAUGUACGGAGGAUUACUGCUUCUCAGUAGUGACAAUUUCAAAACUGUUCUGUUCGUUACUGUUGCAAAUAGAGAUGAAAAACAGCUUGAAAAGGGAUAUAUUUUAAUAGAACCUUGUGAAGGAACCUCAAUCACCCGAGAAAUGUAUAAAAUGACUUUUGUUAUGCUGGAGUCAAAGAUAUACUUUGAGCCUUACUUGGCAGUGUUAACUGCUAUGCAGCAUAUGAACGAGGAAAAUUUUCCAAUGGAACCUUAUUUAGUACGCGGAGACACCACCCAACGACCGCCAAGAUACCUUGAAGAUGCUGAUGAGGAAGACACUUUAAGGUACAAAAAUUGGGAUUUACCAGUUGCCUAUAACGAGCCUUGGCCGACCGCCAAUGAAAUGGGUCUCGACGAAUCACAAUUCAGAGCUUUCAGAUGCGCUUUGACUCAAGAUUUCGCAGUGAUACAAGGACCGCCAGGGACAGGAAAAACAUUUAUUGCGCUGGAGAUCGUUCGCACUUUGUUGACCAAUGAGGCUUAUUGGAAACCCUACGGACCGAUCGUCGUCGUUUGCCUAACGAAUCAUGCUUUGGAUCAAUUCUUAGAGGGCAUCCUCAAAACCACCAAGUCCAUAGUUCGCGUCGGCAGUCGAUCGAAGAGUGAAGUCAUGAAACCAUACACAUUGAUGGAAAGAAGAAAGACUGUCAAACCUCCAAGACAACACGACGCAAUGGCAGUUAUGUACGAAACGAAACACGAGCUGGAGACCAUUUUGAGUUCGAUGAAAAAUGCGCGUACCUGCAUAGAGCUUUUACUCACGGAAAAUGCUAUAGUACCGUUGGCUUGUCUCAAAAAGUAUAGCGACGACGAAACACUACAGAACUUUGCCUCGAAUGAAGAAUUCGUAAAGUGGCUUAUAGGUAGCGAGAUAACGUUGAUUCUGCUCCCUGAAAAGCCCGCAAUGAUACAAGAGCAGCCAGAAGACGACCAGGGAAUGGCAUAUCACGACGAUCAGGACAGACAUAUGGACAAUGAUCUAGAGCUCGAUUACGACUUCAAAGUCGACGAAAGCUAUGAUCCCAUUUUCCCUUUGAAAAGUUUAAAUGUCAAAAUCCUAAAGGUUGAGCAAGAUUUAAAUGAAUACUUGUUUCGCCCGGAACUUCGUCGUCAUCUUGAUGCAACUGAAAAAUUAAGAGAAAAUCUUACAGAACUAUUAGCUCAGAGGACGUCCUUGCAGCGUAAAUUAGCUCAGCACCCAUUGCUGCAUGAACAGCGCCAUCCUGCUAGUAAUAGCCGUUGGAAACUGUACUGGCACUGGGUGACGGCUAGUCACUUAAAAGCAAUGAAUCAACUUGCUGAACUCGAGAGAGAGUAUCAAAAAGUGAAUGCCAAGUUGAACGAAGUCAAGCAAUUAGUUGACUUGGAUGUGCUCAGAGAGCAUGAUAUAGUGGGACUAACAACAACUGGCGCGGCGAAGUUACAUGCAUCCUUGCGUGCCCUUAAAGCUCCAAUAGUAUUGGUAGAAGAAGCCGCCGAAAUUCUCGAAGCCCACGUUGUCUGCUCUAUGACCAGUAACUGCCAGCAUGCUAUUCUUAUAGGAGACCACAAGCAGCUGAGACCAAAGGCGUCGGUGUAUAAGUUGGGCAAAGAUUUCAAUUUGAAUAUCUCGCUGUUCGAGAGAAUGGUCAACUUGAGAGGCGAUUGCGCUCAACUCGCGCAUCAGCAUCGAAUGCGACCUCAAUUUGCCAAAUUAUUAACGCCGUCGAUUUACGAAACCUUGUACAAUCAUAGCUCGGUCAAUGAACGGCAGAAUAUCAAGGGAAUGAUGAAGAAUCUCUUCUUCCUACACCACGAAAAUCACGAAAGUAGUCAAAACAACGAAGAGAGCUAUGCAAAUAAGCAUGAAUCGGAGUUUUUAGUAGUGUUUGCAAGACAUCUAAUUCUGCAAGGUUACGAUCCUUCAGAAAUCACUAUCCUUUGUACCUACACUGGUCAACUUUUUUCUCUUAUGAAGGAAACAGAUCGAUACGCAAUUUUAAAAAGGAUGCGGGUGACGACUGUAGACAAUUUUCAGGGAGAAGAAAAUAAAAUAAUCCUCUUGUCUCUGGUACGCAACAAUGAAGAAGGUAAUAUCGGAUUCCUCAAGGAGGAAAACAGAGUUUGCGUCGCGUUAUCGCGUGCUCGCGAUGGCAUGUACAUCAUGGGCAACAUUCAUAACCUCGUUAUGAAAAACACCAUUUGGCCGAAAAUCAAGAAGGUACUGGAGGAGGAAAACGCAAUAGGCAACGCUCUAGAAUUCCAAUGUCAGAUUCAUCAUGAUCAAAUCACAUUGAUACAAGAUGUGAAAGAUUUUCAAAAAUGUCCGGAAGGUGGCUGCUCGAGAAAGUGUGAAUUGGCUCUGGCCUGCGGACACACUUGCACCAGUGUUUGUCACAUAUUGGAUCGAGAACACUUGGAGUACCGAUGCAAGCAGCCGUGCAUCAAGAGUUGCCCGAACGAUCAUCCUUGUCCGCUGAAAUGUUGGGAAGGCUGCCAACCCUGCAAAGUCAUGGUAAAAAGGAAGCUUGUGUGUGGCCAUAUUGUAGAUAUGUGGUGCUUCACGGAUCCGCAAACAUUUCCAUGCAAUGUUCAGGUCGAAGCUACAUUGCCGGACUGUAAUCAUGUCAACCAGAAGCCGUGUCAUCUUCCAAUCAAAGAUGUGAUAUGUACUUAUGCUUGCAAGAACCGCUUGCCGUGUGGUCACGUGUGCCGGCAUAAUUGUCAUGUUAACAAAGACCCGGAACAUAUCGAGUACAAGUGCUUCAAAGAUUGCACUCGGAUUUAUGAUAAUUGUGAGGGAAAUCACAAGUGUAAGAAACGUUGCUACGAAGAAUGCGGGCUGUGUCCAAUAAUUGUUGCGAAAACCCGGUCUUGCGGACAUCGUUUCAAGCAAUUUGUGUGCUCGAAGAAUGUAGAGGAAAUUGAGUGCGACAAGCCUUGCAAGCGUAAGUUAAGCUGUGAUCACAAGUGCCCUUCGAAAUGCCGCGAACCAUGCGGAAGCUGUCAAUUGAAGGUAGAAAAGAUGAGUCCCUGCAACCAUAUGGUGGAAGUGAAAUGCAGCGAAGAACCAACGCCGUCUAAAUGUAGCGGAAAAUGUCGUAAAUUAUUACCUUGUGGACACCCUUGCACUAACAAAUGCAAAGAGGCUUGCACUUCAAACUGCAAGGUCUUGGUUAAGCUAGGAAAACCUGCACUGUGUGGGCACUCUUUGCAAGUACCAUGCUAUCUUCAAAAGACAGAUCCAAAUUCACGAGAAUUAUUGAAGUACUGCAAAGCACCGUGCAUAGUCGAAUUGGAGUGCAAGCAUUUAUGCAAAGGAACGUGUGGUUCGUGCCUACAGGGACGAAUACACAUAAACUGUGCUGAGCCUUGCAACAAUAUUCUUAUUUGUGGACAUCAGUGUGAAGUGGCCUGCAGACUAGACUGUCAGCCUUGUAGCAAAAAAUGUGAAUUGAAAUGCUCUCAUAGUGUAUGCGACAAAAAGUGUGGAAUUCCAUGUGUACCCUGCAAGGAAAAAUGUACUCGUGGUUGUAAGCACCGUCAAUGCUCGAAACUUUGCUCAGAACUAUGUGAUAUCGAGCCAUGUAACGAGCCAUGCCAAAAUUUAUUAAAAUGCGAGCACCCUUGUGUUGGAUUAUGCGGCGACCCUUGCCCACCAUUGUGCCGAAUCUGCGAUAAGGAAGAGCUAACAGAAGUUUUCUUUGGUGAUGAAGAUGAGCCAGAUGCAAGGUUUGUCUUUUUGGAAGAUUGCCAACACUGUAUAGAAAGUAAUGCACUGACUAAGUGGAUGGAGGACUCUAACGAAGGUAUUCAAAUGAAAGCGUGUCCGCGAUGUAAAACACCCAUCAGAAAAUGCAUGCGAUUGAUGAACCAAAUAAAAAGAGACUUGGAAGAUGUACUACUUGUAAAAGACAGGGUAUUUUCCGGCAAUAGUUCGGAUUUGGAGAAAAAACGACUUGAAUAUGUAGAAGCACUAUCUGCCAUAUUAAGCAAUCCAAGUUUAGCAGAAUUUCCGGAAUUGAAGGAGUACGUAGCAGAUUUACUUGAUAGAGGACUUCCUAUAAAGAAUCAAAGACCACAAACUUUAAGUUCUCAGGAAAUUGAAGCGUUCAGAAUUUUAUUAGAUAUCAUGAGUCGUAUGUUGAAAAUAUUGUCUCUUGUUAAAAGUCGCAGUGUCACAUUUUACCGUUCCGUAAAAGAGCACGUUGUUAUGCUAGUAGAAGCACUUCCAACUAGAUGGCAAAUUUCUCCCCAAAAAAUUACUGACAUUCAGUUGGAGCUUCAACGAUUAAAUUACAUGGUGGAACUAUGUAAAGAAGAUUACAUAUACAACACACUAUCACAUAAAAAAGAGUUUGGUAUGGCAUCAAACAAAUUGCUGAGUUUCAGCCGGUUCACCGACAAAUUAGAAACCGAAGUCAGAAAGGAUAUAAGCGGCUUGCAGCAUUUAUUCGCCGAACAAAUUAAAAUCGAACGCCAAAUGAUUCACAAAGCAAUGGGCUACAAGCAAGGUCACUGGUAUAAAUGCCCUAACGGACACAUUUAUAUGAUAACUGAGUGUGGCGGUGCAAUGGAAGUAGGCAAAUGCAACGAAUGUGGAGCCCAAAUAGGGGGCAGUCAGCACCGAUUGUUGAACAGUAACACCCUCGCGACUGAAAUGGAUGGAGCUACGAGGCCUGCCUGGCCACAGGGUCCUAACGAUUAUCAAUACAUGUAACUUGAGGUUUAUUUUAAUAUAAUAGUGUUUUCAAUAUGAUUAUUCUUGCUGAUUAUAAAAUAAAAACGUGCCUUUUGACUUCUA